CGUCAAAACCAAAACAAAAAAGUUGCAGCAACAGCCCUCCUGUGUGUGAAAGCCUCGCGAAGGUCGUCAGUGAAAAUUCCGGAAAAAUUUCGCAGGUUCUCGCAAGAGGACCCUUUAACGCUUUUACGUCCAGUGAACUCCGCUCCUCCAGCGGUCCAACAGCCGGCACCAUUCUGCGACGGAGCAGCGGCAGCGAGGCCGAACGAAUGGAACCGCCGGCGUUUCAUCCGCCGUCCUGCGACGAGGCCGUCAUCUCGACGAAUGACGACGCGAGCUACUGCAAGCGGUCCGCGGUCAAGCUGGGCUACUGGAAGGACGACUUCCUCGGGUACUUUGUGCGCAGCCCGGAGCGGAAGGCGCCGGAGAUCAACCGGGGCUACUUUGCCCGGGUCAAGGGGAUCGAGAUGUGCAUCGAAAAGUUUUUCAAGAAAACCGGCGACAAGUGCCAAAUCAUCAACCUGGGCUGCGGCUUCGACACGCUGUACUGGCGGCUGCGCGAGAUGGGCCACAUGAUCACGAACUUUGUGGAGCUGGACUUCCCCACCGUGACGGCCCGCAAGUGCUACCAAAUCAAGCGCAACAAGAUCCUGCUCGAGAAGAUCCACGUAGAAGACGGUGAAGUGCGCCUCAGCCCGACCGACCUGCACUCGUCCAACUACCACAUCGUGGGCGUCGACCUGCGCAACAUCGACGAGGUGGCGCUCAAGCUGCAGCAGUCCGAGAUCGACUUCACCGUGCCCACCAUCUUCCUGGCCGAGUGCGUGCUCGUGUACAUCGAGUCCCAGAACUGUCACAAUCUGCUCAAGUGGUUCGGCUCGAACUUCAAGUCGGCGGUCUUUGUCAACUACGAGCAGGUCAACAUGAACGACCGGUUCGGCGAGGUGAUGCUGAACAACCUGCGGCAGCGGGGCUGCAGCCUGGCGGGGGUCGAGUCGUGCAUCUCGCUGGACACGCAGAUCUCCAGGUUCCUGAACUGCAGCUGGCACGGUGCGCGGGCGUGGGACAUGGUGCAGAUUUACAACAGCAUCCCGGCGCCUGAGAGGUCCCGCGUCGAGCGGAUCGAGAUGCUGGACGAGGCGGAACUGCUCACGCAGCUGUUCCAGCACUACUGCAUCUCGGUGGCCUGGAUCGGCGAGCUGUUUCAGGAUAUCGAAAUAACCGUUGAGAAACGACUGUCUUCGUUGAACAUUGACUAAGCCAAGGAACGCCGGAAGUUAUGCUAGUUCUAUUUAUUUGUUUGCCCCUUUGCGAGUGAUGUUUUCUCUAGUGGAUUCUUCUGUUGGCAGCGCAGGUCCUUCUUUCCUUCUCUUGUUUGGGCGCUACAUCAAAGAAUGGCUCUUGGUGUUAAGAGGUGGGAAGGGCGUUCGAAAGUGUACUAAACAUUUUGAAGAUUGUGUGCAAAAAAACCAUAUAAAUAUAAUUGUAGCAAAACCCAACUGAAACAAGACAACUCUUAUCGAAUGCAAUGUGAUGUGGAUGUUUAAAGCAUUGAUGUUUGAAUCAAGAAACUACGCAAAACAAAAUCUUUAAAAUGAUUUAGCCUACGACCGUACUACCAAAAAAAAAAAAAAAAUCUUUGCAAAUUCAAAUCGUUUUCAAUCGUGUUGAAUUCAAACUAUUUAUCGGUGUAGUGUAUAUUGUUCGUGCAGCCAAGCAAGUCAAACAUAUAUAUAUUUAAAAGAAAAAAACACAAAAGAACAAAUCAUGGGAAAAAGUAGUCUUUUAAAUUAGCAUUAUCCAAUAACCAUCUAGCAAAAAAGCUCUCGCAUCCUCGAAUGAGAAAGUAAUCGUUUUUUGGGACUGUCUGAUUGUAGAUAGAUUUUAACAAAUUUCAGAACACACAACAAAAAAGUAGCUGGAACUUUUCACCACAACCUUGUACUAAAAACAAACAGUUUGUCCCGCCCCAUAGAGAUAUCUAACAUUUCACAACAUACACACAUAGUUGGACAAAGAAUCGGUAAAAAAAAAUCCGUAACUUGGCAAGGCGGAAUCGUCGUUCACUUUUGGGGUGUGUGUGUGUGAUAACCGUUUAUAUUUACCAAAAUCACAGUCAGAAAAAAAAAACAAAUCAAACCAACCAACUUGUUGCUCUAAUCGUAAGAAAUGGAAAAUAAAUUCGUGAAACGUGA